UUUUUUACAAAGGUAUAGGUACUGUGUCAAUCGUAUACAAAUACUGGGCAUAUGUGAACGCUUUCCUCUGGCCAUGUCUAUUACAUGGUCGAGCCUUUAUCGCAUAGCAUGCCAUCGCUGGAGGUGAAAAACCAUUUUCAGUUUUCCUUCUGUUGGUGAGAGAUACCAUGGAUAACUAUGCCUAUCAGCCGGAGGAAAACAAUGGGAGACCGUUUACUAUUUCAAGAUAUCCACCACGAAAUAUUCAAAACGACUACUUAGUUGAGGUACAUUCCAGAGGAAAAAUAUUCAAACACCACUCCUUCUACAAGAGACUGUCCAUACUUUUAGUUAUACUAGCUGCCUUAUUCCUUAUUGGAUUAAUCAUUUUAAUUGUGCUAUAUACGAAAUCGAAAGAGAACAUAUGCAUCUCCAACGAAUGCCUCAGAACUGCCACCAACCUGAAAUUCUCCCUGGACCUGUCCGCGGAUCCUUGCGAGGAUUUCUACCGGUACACGUGCGGUAAAUGGUCCGAAGAGCACCCCAACCAUGGUUGGUGGAGCUCUUUUUCCAGCUUCACCACCAUCACCGAGAAGGUCGCGAUAGCUUCGCUCAAUGCGCUGACCAAGGCUAGCGUCGACAAGGACGAGGACGAGCCGGAAGCUUUGAGGAAAAGUAGGGAUUUUUACAAAUCCUGUAUGGACGUAGAUGCUAUUGACGAUUUGGGCAUGACUCCCAUGUACCAGUAUCUGAAAAGGGUGAAUCUGCCUCUGCUUCCUAGUUACAUCACAAAAACGGAGGCAGAAAAAGCAAAUUUCAUAUUCGAUUGGAUGAAAAGUGAGACGAGGAUCAAACAGAUCUUCAUGAUGGAUAUAUUUAUCGGAGCAGCAGUAGAUGCCAAUAUUUUCAAUGGGUCCGAAAACGUUAUUUAUAUCGGGCAAAUAUACCAGAAGUGCCCAUUACCAAGUCCAUUGAAGAAGACGAAAAAGCAGACUGGAAGUUCCAUAAUAAAUAAACAGGAUAAGAAUGAUGAAACUGAGGUAUCCUAUGAGGAACUGUCAAAAACCAUCAAUACUAAUAUCAUCAAAUAUGUUUUGCAACAAUUUGCCCUCAACAAUACCAAGGAUGUCCCAAACGACGAAUUACUACAGAAAGCCGCUAGCAUAAUAAUAGAUACUUCAGAAGCCAUAGAAGAGAUCGUGGCUAACUGUACGGAUCCAGAUACAGAAGACACAAACACAUUUUCUGUAACCUUCGAAGCUCUUCAGAAGAUGACCGACAAGAACCUGGCAAUUCCGCAACCGAACCUUUGGAACGACUACCUCAGCAACCUCUUCGAUGGCACGAAUAUCACCAUAAACCCCGAGAAGGACCUUUUGUACGUCACUGACAUGGACCUGCUCUAUCUGAACAAGAUCAUGAAGUUCGUCUCGGACAGUCCUGGUAUCAAUUUGGAGUUGUACAUGUGGUGGGCGACUGUUUAUGCGAUGAUCAUCAAUACGUCUUCUGAUGUAGUCGAGUACAUCAGUAAACAAAUGAGCGUUUUCAGUAGUGGAUCUAGUAGCGUUGCCAGAGCUAGAUCAUUGGAAUGUGCUUUACUUGUUGAGAAUUACAUGGGAUAUGCAGUUAGUUAUGCCCUAGCAGACGAAUCAUUUCCAAAUACAACGAAACCGAAAGUUGAAAGGAUGGUCCAUGAGCUGAAAAGUGCGUUUGUCAAACAUGUGAAUAGUAUCAAUUGGAUGGAUAGUGCUACGAAAAAAGUAACGUUGGAGAAGAGCAAAGAGAUGAUAACGUUUAUCGGUUAUCCUGAUUGGCUUUUCGAGAAAGGGGAACUUGACAAGUACUAUGAUGAUGUAAUAAUUAAAUCAGACAGAUAUUUGGAUAACAUGAUCAAUACCAUAAUUUCCAUUAAUUUGAAACAAUUGAAUAAGCUCAGAAAACAACAUAUACGGGACUGGUACAGUGAACCGAUUGAAGUAAACGCAUUCAACUCAUUUUCAGAUAAUGCAAUAAAUGUUCCAAUGGCCAUUUUGAGUUUUCCUAUGUAUCAUCUCGGACUCGAGGUUUUGAACUAUGGAUCCAUAGGUACGAUAUUAGGACACGAAUUAACUCAUGGUUUCGAUAACAUCGGAAGAAAACAUGACAAAUAUGGUAACUACGUACAAUGGUGGACUAACAAGACUAUCGAGACCUUCGAAAAUCUCACUGAAUGUUUUGUUGCUCAGUACGAUAAUUAUACAGUUGAAGGUGUUGAGGAACAUGUGAAAGGUCGAAAGACACUUGGAGAAAAUUUAGCAGAUAAUGGUGGUCUAAACCAAGCAUACAGCGCCUAUGAAAGUUAUGUCAAAACUUUUGGCGAAGAACCCAAAUUGCCAGGUUUCGAAGAUUUCAGCAACUACCAAAUGUUCUUCAUAGCAUACGGCAGUAUAUGGUGUGAAACAACGACGAUUGAGGAUUUGAAAGAUCAGCUGGAGUAUGACGAACAUUGUCCAAACUCUGUUAGGGUGAUAGCAACACUGCAGAACUCUGAGGACUUCUCUAGGCACUUCAACUGUCCUGCAGGAUCCCGCAUGAAUCCAAAGAAAAAAUGUAAAAUUUGGUGA